CCCGUCACUUUGAAGGUCGUCAUUCCAAGGGAAUUGCAAAGACCGUAACUAAACAACGUGUAGAAUCACAUUAUGAUCUUGAACUUCGUGCCGCAGUCAUGCAUGACAUCCUGGAUAUGAUGCCCGAAGGGAUUAAGGCAAAUAAAUCAAAAACUAUAUUACAACAUUUAAGUGAAGCUUGGAGAUGUUGGAAAGCAAACGUCCCAUGGCAUAUAAUGGGAAUGCCAAAACCUAUUGAAAAUAUGAUUUUAAGAUAUGUUAAAAGUAAAGCAGAUUGGUGGACUAGUGUAGCUCAUUAUAAUCGUGAAAGAAUUAGAAGAGGUGCAACUGUUGAUAAAACUGUUUGUAAGAAAAAUCUUGGUCGUUUGACACGUUUAUGGUUAAAGGCUGAACAAGAACGUCAACAUAAUUAUCUUAAAGAUGGUCCUUAUAUUACUGCAGAAGAAGCAGUAGCUAUAUAUACGUCUACAGUUCAUUGGUUGGAAAGUCGUAAAUUCUCUCCCAUUCCUUUCCCACCUCUCUCAUAUAAACAUGAUACAAAAUUGUUGAUUUUGGCUCUUGAAAGGUUGAAAGAAGCAUAUAGUGUUAAAGGACGUCUUAAUCAAAGUCAAAGAGAAGAGUUAGGAUUAAUUGAACAAGCAUAUGAUAAUCCACAUGAGGCUCUAAGUCGUAUUAAGCGUUUAUUGUUGACACAACGAGCCUUCAAAGAAGUCGGAAUUGAAUUUAUGGACCUUUAUAGUCACUUGAUUCCAGUCUUUGACGUAGAGCCACUCGAAAAAAUUACCGAUGCUUACCUUGAUCAAUAUCUUUGGUAUGAAGGUACAAAGAGGAAUCUAUUCCCUGCAUGGGUUAAACCGUCAGAUACAGAACCUCCACCAUUACUUGUUUACAAAUUUUGCCAAGGCAUUAAUAAUUUGACUGAUGUUUGGGAAACAUCCGAAGGAGAAAUUAACGUCAUGUUGGAAACACAAUUUAGUAAAGUGUAUGAAAAGAUUGAUUUGACUUUAUUGAAUAGGCUCUUACGAUUGAUUUUGGAUCAUAAUCUUGCCGAUUAUAUGACGGCAAAGAAUAACGUAGUGCUUAAUUAUAAAGAUAUGAAUCACGUAAAUGCAUAUGGUCUUAUUCGUGGAUUACAAUUCGCGAGUUUUAUCUUUCAAUACUACGGACUAAUUCUAGAUUUGUUAGUUAUUGGACUUCAACGAGCUUCAGAAAUAGCUGGUCCCCCUCAGAUGCCGAAUGACUUCUUACAAUUUCGCGAUGUUACUACAGAGACUCGACAUCCGAUUCGAUUAUAUUGUCGAUAUAUUGAUAAAAUUCAUAUUUUCUUCCGCUUUAACGCAGAUGAGGCUAGGGAUCUUAUUCAAC